GGUUGAGGCGAGCCCUUUGCCAACUUGCCUCCCAGGAGCGCUGUGAUGGGGCUGUAAACGCGGCCGAAACUUUUCCUGCAAGGCUUUUCUCCUCGUAUCCAUCGCUUGGGAAGCGGCUCUGCCUUCCAGGGAUGGGGAUCUCCUUGUUGGAGAGCUGCCCUGGCUUGCUGGGCUGGGGAGAGCAACGCUAAACGCCGGCUUUGGAUGCGGUUGCUUGCGCUUUCAGGCCAGCAGCAAUGAAGCAGUGCUUCUACAAUGAGACUGUGGGGUUCUUCUACAACAACAGCCGCAAAGAGCUGACCACGUACUGGAGGACCAAGGAUGUCCUGGUGGUUGCCCUCGGCCUGACGGUGAGCGUCAUCGUGCUCCUCACCAACCUGCUGGUCAUCACGGCCAUCAUCAUCAACCGCCGCUUCCACUACCCCAUCUACUACCUGCUGGGCAACUUGGCUGCUGCAGACCUCUUUGCUGGCAUCGCUUACAUGUUCCUCAUGUUCCACACGGGGCCCAGGACAGCUGAGCUCUCCCUGCAGACCUGGUUCAUCCGUCAGAGCCUGCUGGACACCAGUUUGACGGCCUCCGUGGUGAACCUGCUGGCCAUCGCUGUCGAGAGGCACCAGACUGUGUUCACCAUGCAGCUCCACAGCAAGAUGUCCAACCAGAGGGUGAUGAUCCUCAUCUUCUGUAUCUGGGUCACAGCGCUGCUCCUGGGGCUCAUCCCGUCCUAUGGCUGGCACUGCCUCUGUGCGUUGGAGAAGUGCUCCAGCAUGGCACCGCUCUACAGCAGGAGCUACCUGACCUUCUGGGCCAUCUCCAACCUGGUCAUCUUCCUGAUCAUGGUGGUGGUGUACACGCACAUCUUCAUCUACGUCAAAAGGAAGAUGACGCGGAUGUCCAAGCACACGAGCUUCCACCCGCGCUACAAGGAGACCAUGAUCAGCCUGGUCAAGACGGUCACCAUCAUCCUGAGUGCUUUCGUUAUCUGCUGGACUCCAGGCCAAGUUGUGCUCCUCCUGGAUGGCCUGGGCUGCAAGAGCUGCAAUGUCCUAGCAGUGGAGAAGUACGUCCUGUUGCUGGCUGAGAUCAACUCCUUGAUAAACGCUAUCGUCUACUCCUACAGGGACAGUGAGAUGCGCAGCACCUUCCGGAGGAUCCUCUGCUUUGCUUGCUACAGGAAUUCCAAGUACACCCCCACGGUGGUGAAGCUGAACACGGCAGACCGCAGGACACUGUCUCAGAACGGGCACUUCACCGUGGAUUCCUCCAUUUAGCUCUGGUUCAGCUCCAGGAUCCUGAGGAGGGAGCCAAGGGGAAGAGGGACCUGCUCUGAAGGGAGCAGCACCUUCCCUGCUGGGCUCCAUGCUUGGAGUGGAUAAGGGAGAAGAGAAGGAGGUUCUGGAUGGUGCCUUACAGAGGCUGAACACCCAGGGAGUAGUGUUCCCUAUUAGAGACUGCUGUUUCUAAUGUGCAUGAAUGGAGCAGCAUCUAGAGGUGUGCUAUGGGAAUGUCCCAGCAAGCAAAGUAUUUGGUACGUCAGUAUUACUGCCUCCAGAAAGAGUUGGUCCAGCACUAGCAUCCCCCAAAGAGCCAAAGCUCUUCAGCUUUAUGCAUUGCCUCCUAAACAGAGCUGCUUUAGAGCUUCCCCAGAGAGCCCUCUUUGGGUUGUGUUUCCACCUGCUUCCAAAAUUGCAUCCUGAAGGCCUCUUCAGAGAGGAAUUGGGUCAGGUUGCUUCCCAAGGAGCAGAUUCCUGCUUUCCCAAGUGUUCCGGGCUUUUGGAGGAUGGCUUAGGAGCACCUAAUGCUUUCCUUAAGCUGGAGAGGGGUGCUGUUUGUGUUCUGCUAAGUGAUCCCAUGUGCUAUUCCCAAGUUCCUUGCCUAUUCCGAAGCGCAGAGUGAGUCAUGCUCCCAUGAAACCAUCUUUCUACUGGCUGGAAGCCCUUUGGGGAGAGGUUUAGGUCAGAUUCCAAGGCAAGCAGGAGUUUGCCUUGGGUUUUAAUGCACAGUUUGUACCUUAAUCCUCCAGGGCUCAACAGUUCCAUGUGGUCAGAGGUAGCCUUUCCCUCAGCAAAGCCCUAUGAGGAGUUAGGAGGGUUGAUGUUGGUCCCGGGAGAGGCUGACAGGAGGCAGGGGUUGGAAUCCAGGUUAAAUUGGUCAUUCUGGGGGGGGGGGUUUAUUGGCUUUUAACAUUAAACUGCUCCCUGAGUGCUCCCCUCAGCUGGCAUUGAGAGAAGACAACUUUCCCAAAGGCAUUGAUGCUCAAAGGUGGGCAUGGACUUGUUCCUGCAGGACAGAGGGGGGAAGUGCCAGCAUUAACGUGGAUUGAUUAAAGCAGGCUUGGAAGCUGGGUUCCCAUCUCUGUGUCCCAGAGGCUUUUGGUUUUGUUUUGAAUAAAGGUGUUGUCCUGGGUUUUUA